CUGCGUUACUGGGACAGGAAGUGAGGCUCCUGAACACUCACUGAGGUGUCUCAGGCUCUGCCUGUUUAAAAUGAACUUCGCCUCGCUGAAGAGGGAAGUGCGAUUUAUCUCUGUCAACUUUGGACCGCUUUAGACGCAGAAAUAUUUGGACUGAAGGACCCGACUUGUGGAGAUGAGUGUCGAAGUGGAAAGAAAGUUUCUGUGCAGUGCCGACACGCUGAAGACACUGGAAGAGAUUGGGGGAGCAUGUGUUGGCCAGCGCCAGUUUCAGGACCAGUACUAUGACAACCCCAGCUUUGACCUGACUCUGAGAGACAUGUGGCUGCGUAAGCGUAAAGGAUGUUGGGAACUGAAGUGCCCAACAACAGAGGAUACAAGUGGAGAACAAUCUAAAACAGCGGCCCUGUGUACGCGCUACAAGGAGAUAACCAAUCUGUCUGAGAUUCUGCAGCGAGUGACGGGGGUCAUUCAAGAUGUUUGUGUGGACACAGAGACCAGCUCCUCACCGGAGAACGAGUCCUGGCUGAGUGAAAUGAAUCUGGUUUGCUUUGCAGAGUUUACAACAGAUCGUAGGUCUUUCCUUUUACAGGAGGAGGGGGUGCAGAUAGAUCUGGACCAAGCUGACUUUGGCUACCAUGUGGGAGAGAUAGAGGUCCUUGUUCCAGAGGGAGGAGACGUACAGUCUGCCUUGGAGAAGAUUGAAAGAACAGCUCAAAAGCUUGGUCUGAGUGGAGAUCAGCGAGUUGAAGGAAAAAUGAGUGUUUACCUGAAGAGAAAUAACCCAAAGCACUAUGAAAAACUACUGAGAGAACACAUUUGUAAGGGGUGUACUAAACGACCCAUAACAGUUUUUAAAGAGUGUUUUAUGUUUAUAACACAGUUAUUUUAUUUAUUAGAGAGCUGGAACAUCUUUAAAUAUAACUCUUUCAAUUCAAUAACCCCCUUGACAUUUUCAUCAAGUGGGUGCUCAAUGGUUGUUUCGACUUUUUGUGAACUUUUGUGUUCUAUGCAGUCCACAUACUGACUGUGUUUGAGCCCCACUGUAAGAUGGAAAGAGAGGGAGGAACUGUGAAAAGUGUAAAUACCGGGGCUGUAGUAAAAAGAGGGAUGAUUAGACGUAAACACUCCAUGUUGAAUAGUGGGCAGAGUGUGUCUGUCUUGAGCACUAAAUAAAGGUGUCACAAGUUCA